UUUGAGCAGUGUAGAUUUUUUCUGUAAAGUGGGUAACAUAAUACUAUCAUCCUAAAUUGAAAAUGUUGAUUUAUUUGUACAUAUUAGAUUAUUUUAUAUUAUAAACUAUCACUCAAAUACAGUGCCUUCUGAUAGUAUUCAGACCUCUUGACUUUUUCCACAUUUUGUUAUGUUACAGCCUUAUUCUAAAAAUGGAUUACAUUGUUUUUUUCCUUAUAUAAUUUCCACACAAUGCCCCAAUAGACAAAGCAAAGCCUGGUUUUUAGACUUUUGCUAAUUUUCUUUUUUAAGCGGAAAUAUCACAUUUACAUAAGUACUCAGUACUUUUGUUGAAGCAGCUUUCGCAGCGAUUAAAGCAUCCAGGCUUGGGUGUGAUGCUACAAGCUUAGCACACCUGUAUUUGGGGAGUUUCUCCCAUUCUUCUCUGCAGAAAGGCAAUUCCUUCGACCUCAUGGCUUGGUUUUUGCUCUGAAAUGCAUUGCCAACUGUGGGACCUUAUAUAGACAGGUGUGCGCCUUUCCAAAUCAUGUCCAAUCAAUUGAAUUUACCACAGGUGGACUCCAAUCAGGUUGUAAAAACAUCUCAAGGAUGAUCAAUGGAAACACGAUGCAUCUGAGCUCAAUUCUGAGUCUCAUAGCAGAAGGUCUGAAGAGUUAUGUAAAUAAGAUAUUUCUGUUUGCAAAAAUGUCUAAAAACCUGUUUUUGCUUUGUUAUUAUGGGGUGUAGAUUGCUGAUUUUUUUAUUUUAUUUAAUCCAUUUUAGAAUAAGGCUGUAACGUAAUAAAAUGUGGAAAAAGUCAAUAGGUCUGAAUACUUUCCGAAGGCACUGUACUUUCCCAACCCUUGUCGGUUUUGAUAUCUCAUGUCAAAUUAAACAAGUUAAAUACCAAAGCAAUUUAUUUGUUUCCUCACCCCAUUUCGGGCAGCCUUCCAGAAUCUCCAUCUGACAUUCUAGAAUUUAGAUGACUGUCUUCAACUAAUUCUCUUCUAACCAGUGAUGUAAAAGUUAUUCUCAGAUUCCGUGUGGCUUUUGAGUAGUGCUAGUUUGAUUUCAAGGUGAUAUUGAUAGAAGUGAUGAACAAAAACGUGUAGCGUUACACUUAUCGUGAUGUGGACCCACUUGAAUCAUAAUGCAACACAUUGAAAUGCAUCCUGCCUGUCUUCUGCAGGUUGUCCUCUAACCAGUGAUGAAAGAAAUAUCUCCAGUUUCCAUGUGGCUAGGGAGGUGACUGAGAACCCAAUGACCACUCUGACAGAACUACAGAAUUCCUUUGCUGGGAUGGGAGAACCUGACAAAAGGACAACAGUCUCUACAGCACCUCAACCAAUCUGGGCUUUAUGGGAGAAUGGCCAGAUUGGCUUCCAUCUUCAGGAGUGGCUUCACUCCUGUGAAAAAUGAAAAAGUCACAUGACAGCAGGCCUGGAGUUUGCAAAAAGGCACUUGAAAGACUCAGAGCAUAAUUCAAAAUAUUCUGUGGUCUGAUGAGACAAAAAUGUAACUCUUCAGCCUGAAUGCAAAGCGCUAUGUCUGGAGAAAACCAGGCAUAGCUCAUCACCCAUCUAACACCAUCCAUUCCUUGAUGCAUGGUGGUGGCAGCAUCAUGCUAUGGGGAUGCUUUUCAGUAGCAGGGACUGGAAAACUGGUAAGGAUAGAGGGACAAUGAAUGGAGCCAAAUACAGGCAAAUCCUUGAUGAGAACUUACUUCAGAGUGCAAACGACCUUAGGCUGGGGCGGAGAUUUACGCUCCAACAGGACAAUGACCCAAGCAUACAGCGAAAACAAUGCUGGAAUGGCUUCAGAACAAGAAUGUAAAAGUCCUUGAGUAGCCCAGCCAAAGCCCAGACUUGAAUACCAUUGAAAAUCAGUGGAAAGACUUGAAGAUUGCUGUUCACGCUGUGCCCCAUCUAACUUAACAGAGCUUGAGAAGAUAUGCAAGGAAGAAAGGGAGAAAAUCCCCAAAUCCAGAUGUGCAAAGCUGAUCCAGACAUACCCAAGACGACUCAAAGCUGAUACAGACAUACACAAGACGACUCAAAGCUGAUCCAGACAUACCCAAGACGACUCAAAGCUGAUCCAGACAUACCCAAGAUGACUCAAAGCUGAUCCAAAUAUACCCAAGACGACUCAAAGCUGAUACAGACAUACCCAAGGUGACUCAAAGCUGUAACCACCACCAAAGGUGCUUCUACAAAGCAUUGACUCUGGGGUUUGAAUACUUAUGUAAAUUUGACAUUUCCGUAUUUAAUUUUCAAUAAAUUAGCUAAAAUUGCUAAAAACAUGUUUUCACUUUGUCAUGAUGGGUUAUUGUGUGUAGAUGGGUGAGACAAACAUAUAUUUAAUCCAUUUUUAAUUCCGUCUGUAAGACAACUAAAUAAGUCAAGGGGUGUGAAUACUUUCUGAAGGCACUGUAUAAGUGUAGAAUAGAUAGUGGAUUUUCCCCUGCCUGUAAUUCUAAAUCGAUACUCGAUUGCUUUGGCCUGUGUGACUGAACGCAACAACGGCAGUCAAGGCGGAAGUUGCUACCCUGCUAAAUAUGGAUGCUGAAAGAGUCGUGCAGGUACUAGCCUUUACGCAAGAUAUCCUCCGAAAUACAUCAGCCACAGGACAGCUUUGUUUGGACGUCGUAAUGGACCAUUAGCCUUAACUGGAUAUAGCUAGCUAGCUACCUCAUUUUCCACGUGGAAAAAUACUUUAGCAAGCUAUCUGGGAUUUUCUACAAGGAAUCUGGUGUAUGGACUUCCUGCUGUCUUCUUCUUCUACAGGUCAUCUAAAGUGUAUGGACUUCCUACUGUCUUCUUCUACUACAGGUCAUCUAAAGUGUAUGGACUUCCUGCUGUCUUCUUCUACUACUACAGGUCAUCUAAAGUGUAUGGACUUCCUGCUGUCUUCUUCUAAAGGUCAUCUAAAGUGUAUGGACUUCCUGCUGUCUUCUUCUAAAGGUCAACUAAAGUGUAUGGACAUACUGCUGUCUUGCCAUUGACUGUAUUGUCAGUGUUCCCACCAGCAGGACAACAUGAGUGGAGAGAAAGAAACAUUGUUGGAAGAAAUCAAACAGAGUUUACACCCUCUAACGGAGGAUCAUUUGCGAUACCUGUGUGAACGCUGUGGAAUAGAUGGCUCCCAAGUUACAGGAAAGAACCAUUGCUCGUUGCGACGUAAAAUCAUGGAGGAAAUGUGGGUAAAUGCAGAUUCGGUCAAAUCGGAGGAGCAGGGAAUGUCUUGGUUACUCCGACUGAAAGAUGACAUCAGAAAGAUACAGGAAGAAUCUAGUGUGGGACCCAUGAGUGUCAGCCAGUCUGAUGAUGAAGAAACGGGGGACAACCCUAACGGUCGCUCGCUCAGUGGGAGGGUCUUAUCAUCUGGGAAGUCUCCAGGGUUGAAAGGGAUCCAGCGACCUUACAGCUGUGAUGUAUGUGAGAAGAGUUUCACUCAAUCAGGAAACCUACGAAGACACCAAACAGUACACACAGGAGAGAAACCUUACAGUUGUGAUCAUUGUGGGAAAAUCUUUUCUAGUUCAGGAGCCCUGACUAUUCACAAGCGUCUACACACUGGAGAGAAACCUUACAGCUGUGAUCAGUGUGGGAAAAGCUUUUCUAGUUCAGGAGCCCUGAUUAUUCACAAGCGUCUACACACUGGAGAGAAACCUUACAGCUGUGAUCAAUGUGGGAGGAGCUGCAAAGAUGCCACAGCCCUGAAUGAACACAUGCGUACACACACAGGAGAGAAACCUUUUAGCUGCGAUGUUUGUGGAAUUCGUUUUUCUCGACAAAGCAACCUGAAAGUACACAUGCGCAGACACACAGGAGAGAGGCCUUACAGCUGUGAUCAAUGUGGGAAGAGCUUCACUCGGUCAACGGACCUGACCAAACACAGACGCGUUCACACCAGCGAGAAACCAUACAGCUGUGACCAGUGUGGGAAGAACUUCACUCGGUCAGGAAACCUGGCGAGUCAUCAGAAAACCCACACAGUCAGAGAGAAAAACGAGGCCGGCGGCGGGAGAAGUCAGGCAGGUGGAGAGGGAACCCACACAGGAAAGAUACAGGAAGCAUCUACUGUGGUACCCGUGAGGCCCAGCCAGUCUGAUGAAGAUGCAGGUAAGAAGAAUGGGGACAACCCUAACGGUCGCUCGCUCAGUGGGAGGGUCUUAUCAUCUGGGAAGUCUCCAGGGUUGAAAGGGAUCCAGCGACCUUAUAGCUGUGAUGUAUGUGAGAAAAGUUUCCCACGUUUAGGAGACCUUAAGAGACACCAGAGAAUACACACAGGAGAGAAACCAUAUGGCUGUGAUCAAUGUGGGAAGAGUUUCUGUACAUCAGGACAACGGAUUAUACACAAGCGAACACACACCGGAGAGAAACCUUAUCGCUGUGAUCAAUGUGGGAAGAGUUUUGCUCGAACUGAUUACCUGACCGAACACAAGCGAACACACACUGGAGAGAAGCCUCAUAGCUGUGAUAAAUGUGGAAAGGGCUUCACUCGGCCUAACUGCUUGGCUGCACACAAGCUAACACACACAGGAGAGAAGCCCUACCUCUGCUCAGACUGUGGGAAGAGCUUCUAUACACCAGCAAAGUUGAAAGAGCACGAGCGUUCACACACAGAAGAGAACCCUUACGGGUGUGGUCUGUGUGGGAAGAUCUUUGCUUGUUCGGAUUCCCUGACUAAACACAAGCGUGUACACACUGGAGAGAAACCUUACAGCUGUGAUCAGUGUGGGGAGAGCUUUGCUCGUUUGGGAGCCCUGACUAUUCACAAGCGUCUACAAACUGGAGAGAAACCUUACAGCUGUGCUCAAUGUGGGAAGAGCUGCAAAGAUGCCACGGCCCUGAAUGAACACAUGCGUACACACACAGGAGAGAAACCUUUCCCCUGCUAUGUCUGUGGAAUGAGUUUUUCUCGACGAAGCACCCUGAAAGUACACAUGCGCAGACACACAGGUGAGAAGCCUUACAGCUGUGAUCAAUGUGGGAAGAGAUAUGCUCAUCCAGGUGAUUUGAAAAUACACAUUAGAGUACACACCGGAGAGAAACCAUACAGCUGUGACCAGUGUGGGAAGAGCUUCACUCAGUCAACAAACCUGACUAAGCACAGACGUGUUCACUCUGUAGAGAAACCCUAAAGCUGUGAUCUAUGUUGUAUGAACUUUACUCAGUCAACAAACCUGACUAAGCACAGACGUGUUCACUCUGGAGAGAAACCAUACAGCUGUGAUUUAUGUUGUAUGAACUUAGCUUAUUUGUAUCUUAUUUCAUGGGCUCAUUGUCAAUUAAAUCAUGUAGAAUAUUUUAUCAUUGUUAUAGUAAGAGUUCAUGUUUUUAAUUCUAUUUAAUUCAAAUUGAAUCCAUAUGUGAAU